GUCGUCAGAAUCUGUUAGCCUCUCAAAAUGAAGGUGUAGAGGGACUGGCACUAGACUGGAUAUCCCAAAAUCUUUACUACAUUGACAGCAGAAAAGGCACUCUUAAUGUUCUUUCCACUGAGAAGCCAGAAAACAGAAAAGUGUUACUUAGUGACUUGAAGCGUCCAAGAGCUAUUGUGGUCCAUCCUAAUAGAGGAUAUGUAUUUUACUCUGAGUGGGACCGUCCAGCGAAUAUUAGCCGCGCCUUCCUUGAUGGGUCAAAUGUGAUGGUUUUCCGAAAUGUACUUCUUGGUUGGCCAAAUGGUCUGUCGAUUGAUUACCAGACAGACCGUAUUUAUUGGUGUGAUGCACUUCUUGACCACUUGCAGCAUGCUAAGUUGGAUGGAACUGAUGUGCAGACCAUCAGUUCUGCAAGUAUCAAACACCCAUUCUCACUCGUUAUUUUUAAUGAUUGGUUAUAUGUAACUGACUGGCGCCACGAUGCAAUGGAAUUUGAUGGCUUCUCAGGAGAAGUAGUUGCAGAAGUGGCUGAGAGCAAUCGACUGUAUGGAAUUCGUGUCUACAGUCAGAGAGCUCAAGACAUCAGGAAUUCCCAUCCAUGCUAUGGCAAUAACCCUUGCGAAAAGUUCUGUUUCCCAGUGCCAGAUGGUGACACUGAAAACCUUAAGGCUCAGUGCGGUUGCCCAGUGGGAGAAAAGAUGAACAGUGACCAGAAAACUUGUUCUGUAGACCCUGAUGCUGAGCCAGCUGAUCCAAGAUGUGCUCCUUGGGAUUUCACUUGUUCUAAUGGUCGCUGUAUUCAAAAGACCUGGGUCUGCGAUGGGGAUGAUGAUUGCCUAGAUAAUUCAGAUGAAGAGCAAAAUUGCACAAAGGUCACUUGUAGAGAAGAUGAAUUUGCCUGUGAAUCAGGGCGCUGUAUCCCAAACACGUUCAAAUGUGAUUCAGAUAAUGAUUGCGGCGACUUCUCUGAUGAGACUGGAUGUGUAAAUGUCACCUGUGAAACCUCAUACUUCCAGUGUGACAAUGGACGCUGCAUCCCCAUGAAUUGGAAAUGCGAUUCUGAGAAUGACUGUGGUGAUAGUUCAGAUGAAGGGGAUUUUUGUGCCAAUAAAACUUGUUCAUACUUCCAGUUUACAUGCCCAAGUACAGGAGCAUGUAUACCACAAGCAUGGGUUUGUGAUGGUGAUAAUGAUUGUUAUGAUAAUAAGGAUGAAGAAGGGUGCCCUCCUAUAGCAUGUACAGCUGUCCAGUUCAAAUGUAAUAACCUAAAGCAAUGUAUCCAUGAAUCAUACAAGUGUGAUGGAAUCCCAGACUGCGAAGAUGCCUCAGAUGAAUUUGGAUGUCCUACUGUUGGGCCUAAUCAAUGCAAUGAAGAAAGCCAGUUUAGAUGUGUAAAAUCAGGUAUUUGCAUUCCAAAGAGCUGGAAAUGUGAUGGAACAUCUGAUUGUGAAGAUGGAUCUGAUGAACCAGAUACAUGUGGACAAGUAACCUGCCCUAGCAGCCACUUCCAGUGCAAAAAUAGCCGCUGCAUUUUUCAUUCUUGGCUAUGUGACAAGGAAGAUGAUUGUGGGGAUGGCUCAGAUGAAGACAAUGUUCUUGCUUGUGGAAAACCAGUAUUCAGAUGUUCAUCUGGAAUGUGGAAAUGUGAAGGAGUGCAAGACUCAUGCAUCAACACCACACAAGUAUGUGAUGGCAAUAGAGACUGCCCAGAUGGCUCAGAUGAAGGCCCAGGUUGUGAUGAAAAUGACUGUGGCAAGCAAGAAACUGAGUGUUCAGUAGCAUGUAUGCAGACACCCAAUGGCAGGGAAUGUACUUGCAAGUUAGGUGAGCAGCUCAAAGAAGGGAGUGACACCGAGUGUGAAGAUAUGAAUGAAUGUGAUCCUCCUGGUGCAUGUUCACAGAAUUGCACAAAUGUAAAGGGAUCUUAUAUGUGCUCUUGUAAACCUGGGUACCUUUUAGAUGCCAACAAGUCCUCAUGUAGGGCCACAAAUAGUUCAGAUGCCUUCCUUGUGAUCAGCAACCGGCGCAGCAUUUUGAUUGCUGACAUUCAUCAGCGCAGUUUGGAGAGAGUUCCAGUUUUGGUUGAGAAUGUUGUUGCUACUGCUUCUGACAUGAAGAAUGGAACACUUUUUUGGUCUGACAUGAAAGUCAAACAAAUUGUGAAAUUAGAGAAAGGCGGCCAACCAGAAGUACUUGUUGGAAGUGGACUUGAUUUAGUAGAAGGGCUGUCAUAUGACUGGAUCACUGGAAAUAUAUACUGGGUCGACUCCCGUCUGAACACCUUAGAGGUAUCUCGUAGAAAUGGAUCCGGCAGAAUGAUACUUCUCAACAAGAACAUCUCCCAGCCUCGUGGUCUUGCACUUGAUCCCACAGAAGGUGCUCGUUGGCUUUUCUGGACUGACUGGGGUGAGAACCCUAGGAUUGAAAGGAGCAGUCUUGAUGGCAAGGAAAGAACAAUCAUUAUCAAGAGUAAGAUAUUCUGGCCCAAUGGUCUCACAAUAGACAUACCUACCAGGAGGAUCUAUUUUGCUGACUCCAAGUUGGACUAUAUUGAUUUCUGCAACUAUGAUGGCACUGGAAGGCAGCAGGUCCUUGCCCAAAGCCAUUACCUCCUCCAUCCACACUCACUGUCUAUCUUUGAAGAUAAUGUGUUUUGGACAGACAGGCAGCUUAAUCGUGUAUUAUCAGCACACAAGUUCCGUGGAAAUAAUGAAUCUGUUGUCUCACAUCUUGUUUCGCAACCCCUUAGUAUACAUGUACACCACCCAGUGUUACAGCCUGCAGAAAAUAAUCCUUGUGCAUCAAAUCCAUGUGACCACCUCUGUGUUCUGAAGCAUCCUCAAGGAUAUACCUGCUUGUGCCGUCCAGGGUACAAGUUAGCCAGUGGUGGAAAGUGUAACCAGGAGGAAACUCCAUACCUAAUGGUAAUGAAGGGAAGCCAGAUUGUAGAUGUUGCGCUAACACCAGGAGAGAAAGGAGCAGCCGGCUUCCUGACUCCUAUUGUGGGAGUGGAACAUGGUCUUCAGCUUGAUUAUGAUCGUAAUGGGGAUCGUAUAUUCUGGAUCGAAGCAGUUGAAGAAGACAGUGAAAAUGGUACCAUAUACACAAUGGAGAUAGGUGGUGGCAAUCGUUCGACAUACCUUGAUUUUGGCAUUGUUGGUUCACCUUAUACAAUGGCAUGGGAUUGGGUUGGCCGUAACAUGUAUAUUGGCAAUCGAGUGGCUAACAACAUUGAGGUCUUGAAGUUAGAUGGCAAGAUUAAAUACCAGAGUGUCAUUUUAGAUAACAAUGGUAAUGCCACAGGUGUUGGAAGGCCCAAGUCCAUGUGUCUGGAUCCUGUUGACGGGUUCUUGUACUGGCUUGAUGAUGGUGGUACUGGAGUUCCAGCUAAGGUUGGCAAAGUCAGCAUGGAUGGUUCAGAUCCGGUUAUCCUUUACAAUUUCACAAAUAUCCGACCGGAGUAUAUUACAAUUGAUAUUGAAGCCAAGAACUUGUACUGGUCAACAAGCAAUGAGGCUAAGAUCAUGACAAGUGAUGUUUAUGGUAGCAACAUUAGAGAAAUCCUGACUGAGGCAAAUCACAUUGCUCAACCAAAGGCUUUAGCUGUAUAUGAGAGCAGACUAUAUUAUCUCGAUUCAUCCUAUGAGAAGGUGGAGCGUGUUGAUCUUCCCGAUGGCCUAAACCCAGAGAUGCUGCUAGAAAAUGAAAGUGAUCUGAAGUCCCUUAAGGUCUUCCAGAAGCGGCCAGGUGAGAUGGAGAAGAAGAUCAUCAAUUCUCAUCCUUGUAUGGUGGGCAAUGGUGGAUGUGAGCAUAUCUGCAUUCCGAAGAUCAACAAACAGCGAACUUGUAGAUGCACCACAGGAUACAAAGCUGAUGGAGAAAAGGGUUGCAAACCAUAUGACAAGUUUGCAAUUGUAUCACAGUUAGACAUUGUCAGAGGCUUCAGUCUGGAUGGUGCUGGAGAAGCUAUGGCACCCAUUGCUGAACCUGGUCACAAUGUCCUGCAUGUGGAUUAUCAUUAUUCCAAGAACUACAUAUAUUGGAUUGAAUUUAAUCAAGGAGGCUCUAAUGGAAUUUAUAGAUCAAGACCAAAUGGCACAGAAAAGGAAGGAGUUGUCACUACUGGCAUUGGGUCAAAUGGAAUCAGGGGUAUUGCAAUUGACUGGAUUGCUAAUAAUCUUUACUUCACUAAUGUGUUCCCACAUGAGACAUAUGUAGAAGUAUCUUGGCUGGAUGGUACGAACAGAAUGGUGCUUAAGAGUGUAACUAAGGACUCACCAAGAGAGUUGGCUGUCAAUCCAAUUAAAAGGUACAUCUACUGGAUUGAUUAUGGACAGUUCCCUAUGAUUGGAAAGGCAUAUCUUGAUGGCACAAAUUGGCAGCCAAUUGUAACUAGUGGAGUGAGUAAUCCAAGGGAUAUUACUGUGGAUAUGUUCACACACGAUGUAUAUUGGGUGGAUUCAGCACUUGAUUCCAUUAAUAAGGUUAGCUUCAGUGGUGGAAACCGUCAGUUCAUUAGAAGGAAGCUGCCUAAUCCUAUGGGUCUUGCUUUGAAUAAUAACUUUGUUUACUGGAUUGAUCGAAACCUCAAUACAAUCUUCCGAGCUUCAAAAUAUCCAGGGAAUACUACGCAGGCAGAACGGUUUAAGACAAAUAUGGAGAAUCUAAGAGACAUAGCUAUUUUUGAUUCUACCAAUCAGCCCUCAAAGGCUGAUACCCCAUGUACAAGACUUGGCAAUGGUGGAUGUGCCCAGCUGUGCUUCUCAUUCCCUGUAGAUCAUCCAAAACAAUCAAACUUCCGGUGUGACUGUGCAUCUGGAGUUUUAGCAGAUAAUAAGAGAGAUUGUGAAGAUUCAAAAGAAUAUCUAGUCUUUGCAACGCGAACUGAAAUCCGAAGUUUAUCACUAACUCCCAAGAGCAAUACUGUACCAUUUGAUGCAGUCAAGGGUUUGACUAAUGUAGUAGGAGUUGAUUUUGAUUACAAAGACAAGAAACUGUUAUUUACACAAAUCAGACCAGAUACCAAGAUUGCUACCAUGUCUAGUUUAUCACCUUCUGCGGAUGACAUCAAGCCAAUCUUACAAUUUGGAAUAAAUCCUGAAGGCAUUGCAUAUGAUUGGACAUCAGAGAAAAUCUACUGGACAGACUCUGCAAACAACAGUAUUUAUGCAAUGAACAUGGAUGGAACUCAUGUGGUUAUGAUUAUUCAAGUUGAGCGACCACGUGCUCUUGUCUUAGAUCCAUGCCGAGGGCAUAUGUACUUCACUGACUGGGGAAGGUUUGGCACUUCAGGUAAGAUCUAUCGUGCAACCAUGGCUGGGUCAUUUAGGCAAGUCAUCAUAGGAAAUGACCUAUCACAACCCAGUGGUUUGACCAUUGACUAUGAAGAAGAAAUGCUGUACUGGACAGAUGCUGUUAGGGAGAAUAUUGAGAGGUCAUACCUGAAUGGAACUAAGAGAGAGGUCAUUAUCUCUGCCACUAUUUAUCCGUUUGCCAUUACCGUCCAUAAAAAUUUCAUUUAUUGGACUGAUCUUCAACUUCGGGGAGUCUUUAGGGCAGAAAAAUACACAGGUGGUGACAUGGUCGAGAUGGUUCGCAGGUUGGAAGAAUCACCAAGGGACAUUCACGUGUUUUCUGAGGAACAGCAGAAGUGCAACAUUAACCUUUGUGAGAUAAACAAUGGUGGAUGUGCACAAUCUUGUCAUCCAGUUCCUGAUAAUAAGGUCGAGUGCAAAUGCAAUUCAUCUUUGAAGCUUGUAAAUGAGAACAAGAUGUGUGUCCCAAAGAAUUACAGUUGUGAUGCAAACAGGUUUUACUGUGCCAAUGGAAAAUGCAUAUCACGAUUGUGGGCUUGUGAUGGAUCUGAUGACUGUGGUGAUAAUUCAGAUGAAGACAGGAACUACUGCACAUACCAUACAUGCAGCCCUAGUGAGUUCCGUUGCAAGAAUGGACGUUGCAUUUUCUCAACAUGGAAGUGUGAUCAUGAAGAUGACUGUGGUGAUGGUUCAGAUGAAGAAGGUUGUGAAUAUCCCCCAUGUGCUGAUGGAGAGUUUACAUGUGCAAAUCACAGAUGCAUACCACAGGCACAGGUUUGCAAUGGUGUAAAUGACUGUAAGGAUAAACACACCUCUGAUGAAAAGAGUGAACGUUGCCCUGAGGUGACAUGUCCACCAAACCACCUAAAAUGUGAAAACACAACCAUAUGUGUGGAACCAUACUGGUUGUGUGAUGGUGAUAAUGACUGUGGGGACAACUCUGAUGAGAACCCUCUUCACUGUUCUGAACGUUCAUGUCCACCUAAUAGCUUUAGGUGUCCAAACCACAGAUGCAUCCCAGGCACUUGGCACUGUGAUGGUGAUGAUGAUUGUGGCGAUGGUGCUGAUGAACCAGAAGAGUAUUGUGAGCAAGAGGGAAGGACAUGCUUUGGGGAUUUGUUCACAUGUGACAAUGGAAACUGUGUACCCAAGAUUUACAUCUGUGAUGGAGAUAAUGACUGCUUAGAUGGCUCAGAUGAAGAUGACAGACAUAAGUGCAAUAACCGAAGGUGUGAUGAGGAGACAGAGUUCACAUGCAAUGACAACAAGCAGUGGGGACGUGCAAUGUGUAUUCCACGGAAGUGGGUGUGUGAUGGGGACCCUGACUGUGUAGAUGGUGCCGAUGAGAACACAACAAUGCUGAACUGUCCAGAGCCAGAAGAGUGUGCUGAAAAUCAAUUCCAGUGCAAUAAUAGGAGGUGCAUAAGUAAGGAUUGGGUGUGUGACUUUGACAAUGAUUGUGGAGAUGGAUCUGAUGAGGGAAUAGAAUGCAACAGCAAAUACAGAGAGUGCUCUGCUGAUGAAUUUACUUGCUCCAAUGCAAAAUGUAUUCGCAAGACAUACCAUUGUGAUGGAGAGGAUGAUUGUGGUGAUAAUUCGGACGAAGUUGGAUGUGAACCUGAGAAGACAUGUGGACCAGCAGAAUUCCAGUGUAAGAAUGGGGAAUGUAUAGCCAUGAAAUUACUAUGCAACAAAGUGAGUGAAUGCUCAGAUGGCUCUGAUGAGCCUCUCCAUUGUAAUGUUGAUGAAUGCGCCAAAGUAGAACUACAUCAGUGUGGUCACAAGUGCAUCAACACGAUUAUUGGCUUUGAAUGUGCCUGCAAUCAAGGAUACAAGUUAAUGCCAGAUGGCAAAGCAUGUGAAGACAUCAAUGAAUGUGUUGAAACUCCAGGAGUAUGUUCACAGAAAUGUUACAACAACCCAGGCUCCUACAACUGCAAGUGUGAUGAAAGAUUCUAUGAACGAGAAGUAAAUGUAAGCAUUUGCAAGAGGAAAGACAACAAACAACCCUGGGUAUUCUUCACUAACAAGUAUUAUGUGAGGCGCCUGACAACUGAUGGCUCACAAUACCUCUUAAUGCAUCAGGACCUUCGAAAUGUUGUGGCUUUGGACUUUGAUGAUAAGGAUGAUAUGAUAUAUUUUGCUGAUGUAACAGCCAAAAUGAUAUAUAGAGCUCAGAUCAAUGGUACAGAGAAAGAAGAGAUUAUUAAGCAUGACAGCCAUGGCUUAGAGGGACUUUCUGUAGACUGGGUAGGUCGAAAGAUAUACUGGUUGGACAGACACAGUAAACAUUUGGAUGUUGCUGAGCUGAAUGGCACUAAUCGUAAGACCCUCAAGGCAAGUGGUAUUAAUGAUCCCCGAGCAGUAGCAGUUCAUCCUGGCAUAGGCUAUGUGUACUUCACUGACUGGCAUCUUCAGUCCUACAUUGGCCGAAUUGGAAUGGAUGGGUCCAACUUUUCACGUGUUCUUGGAUUUGAGGAUAAAAUCAUUUGGCCAAAUGCAUUGACUUUUGAUUUCUUUGCUGACAGAAUUUACUGGGCAGAUGCUCAUCUUGAUUACAUUGCUUUUGCUGACCUGGAUGGCAGGAACCGACAUGAAGUUAUGAGAGGUACCAAGGUCCCACACGUUUUUGCAAUUACAGUAUUUGAUGAUUAUAUUUACUGGACUGAUUGGAACCUAAAGGCCAUUCUUCGUGCACAUAAAUUUACUGGUGAGGAUCUGGAGUUCUUGAGAAACACUACCCACCGACCUUAUGACAUUCAGAUAUACCAUCCUCUACGUCAGCCUCCAUACAAAAAUCCUUGUGGUGAUAAUAAUGGUGGAUGUUCUCAUCUUUGUUUACUAUCGCCAACUGAGAAUGGUACAGUGACAUACAAGUGUGCUUGCCCUGAUCAGUUUUACCUAGACCGUAAUGGAAAGAACUGUAUUGCAAACUGUACACAAACUCAAUUCCGUUGUGCUGGUGAAGAUGACAAGUGUAUUCCCAAAUAUUGGAGAUGUGACAAGGAAAAGGACUGUGCUGAUGGCAGUGAUGAGCCUCCUGGUGAUUUUUGUCCUGAGAGAAAGUGCCGUCCUGGCCAUUUCCAGUGUGAAGAUGGGAAUGGAUGUGCUGCUCCCACACAGCUUUGUGAUGGACAAGAAGACUGUCCAGAUGGAUCUGAUGAGAACAAUUGUCACCUGGAAUGUUCUGCGCUGGAAUUCAAGUGCAAAACUACAGGGAAAUGUAUCAAUAUAGCAUGGAAAUGUGAUGGAGACAAGGAUUGUCGUGAUGGUUCAGAUGAAGGAGAAGAAUGCAAUAACAGACCAUGCGAUAAGGAAACAGAAUAUGAAUGCAAGAAUGGUAAAUGUAUAUCCAUCCAGUGGUUCUGUGAUUUAGACAAUGACUGUGGUGAUCACUCUGAUGAACCUGCAUUCCUGUGCCGGCAACAGAACUGUACAGAAGGAUGGAGGAGAUGUCCAGGCAGAACAAAUUAUCGUUGCAUUCCUCAAUGGCUCUUCUGUGAUGGCAAGGAUGACUGUAGAGAUAAUACCGAUGAACAGAUAGAAAACUGUCCAAAAUGUCACGAAAGUGGAGACUUCCAGUGCAAGAACAGACGUUGUAUUCCCAAGCGUUGGCUAUGUGACUUUGAAAAUGACUGUGGAGAUAACUCUGAUGAAGAUGAAGAAAUGUGUAGCAGCCAGUAUCGACAAUGUUCUGAGAGUGAAUUCCGCUGUAACAACAACAAAUGUAUCCCGAACCGUUGGCGCUGUGAUCACGAUAAUGACUGUGGUGAUAAGUCUGAUGAAGAAAACUGCGGAGAACAUAAAUGCAGGGAUGGACAGUUCCAGUGCACAUCAGGUCACUGCAUUCAAGAACAUUUCCGUUGUGAUGGUGAAAGGAACUGCCAUGAUCUGAGUGAUGAGCUUAGUUGUGAGCCACGCUUCCCCAAUGGCCGGUACUGUCAUGAAGAGGAAUUCCAGUGUGACAAUCACCUCUGUGUAAAGAUGACAGACCUGUGUGAUGGCAGUAAUGAUUGCUAUGACAAUUCUGAUGAACGUGAAAGUCUUUGCAGCAACUACACUUGUAACACCCUCAGAAGAUUCCAGUGUAACAACCAUAAAUGCAUACCACUGUAUCAGAAAUGCGAUGGUGUUGAUAAUUGUUUAGAUGGAUCAGAUGAAAAUAACAUGACCAUUUGUUCUCAUCGUCCUAGGCCUUGCAUUUUUAAUGAGUUCCGUUGUGCAAAUGAGAAGUGUAUUGAGGUAGAUAAGAUCUGUAACCACGCAGAUGACUGUGGAGACAAUUCAGAUGAACUUGGAUGCCAUACGGCUUCAAACUGCACAGUAGGUGGUUGUGAACAGACUUGCACAGAUCUCAAGGAUGGUGGAUAUGUAUGCCAUUGCAUGAGAGGAUUCAGAAUAAAACCAGAUAACCCUAAGGCCUGCCAGGAUAUAGAUGAGUGUGCAGAGUUCACUCACAAUUGCUCUCAGUUAUGUACCAACCUGAAUGGCACUCAUGCCUGUUCAUGUCGUGAAGGAUUUGAACUUGAAGUGAAUGGCAUUUGCCGCUUAAAAGGCGGGGCAAUCACUUUGGUGUAUUCAGACAGUCCAGAAAUAAGGGCAUUCAAUCUGACCUCCAAUAGAGCCAUGAAUGUAAUCAAAGGAGACAGCAUUGAAUCUCUUGAUUAUGAACCAGAGUCUGGAAUUGUUUACUGGACUGAUUCAUAUGGAAAGACCAUUAAGAGAUCUUAUCUGCCAGGAUCACCUGGUAGGGCAGAUGUAACAGUGGGUUAUGCUCAAAACUUAGAAAUCAAGAGCAGAGCCAAGCCCACAGGUCUUGCCAUUGAUUGGGCUGCUAUGAAUCUGUAUUGGAGUGAAACUGAUCGCACAGGUAAUAAACCUAGAGGAGCUGUAUUAGUGGCCACAUUAGAUGGAAGAUACCGUCAUGUUGUUAUUGCAACAGGGCUUGAAGAUCCAACAUCUAUUGUUGUUGAUCCUGAUCAUGGAUACAUGUUCUGGACUGACAUUGGCUCAAUUCCAAAAAUUGAAACCUCUUGGAUGGAUGGUAGCAAAAGAAGAAUUCUUGUAUCAGAUGCUAUUAGCCAACCUACUGGACUCACUAUUGAUUUUGCCAUGGACCAUACAAUAUACUGGGUAGAUGCUAAGCUGAACAAAAUUGAAAUGAUGCGAGAAGAUGGUUCAAAGCGAACUUUGGUGGCCUCUGGAAACCAACUCAAACAUCCUCUUUCUCUAGAUGUCUUUGAAUCUAGCUUGUACUGGGUUACACGUGACUCCGGUGAAAUUUAUAGCAUGGAUAAGUUUGGAAGGGGAGUCCCAGUGAAGUUCCAAGGAGAGUUUGCUAAUCCAACAAGUAUUAAAG